AGUAUCAUUGACGCUGCUCAAAUGAACAUACGCUCCUCUCUCAUCUCGGCUUCCAUCCAGGAAGCCGUCUCAAGCCCCAGCGACGCCACUCCGCGACGCAACAAACUAUUCCGCCUCCUCUUCUGGAUCAUCGAGUUUCUGUCGCUUCUCCGUCUCCGCCUUGCCCGCUACCGCCAUGCCGACUUCCGAGCCCUACGCAAGUACGUGUGGAAGCUCGACGAAGAUGAGUACAUUGGUUCAUUUCAGCCUGGCGCCGGGGCCCUCAAACCAGUCGGCGAUCUCGGCUACAGCGGGUCGACCUUUUUCACCACCGCCAACUCCAAGUACCUGAUUAAGUCACUUCCACGGCGGUUCGAGCAUCAGUUUUUCACGCACGACCUUUUGGAGCCCUACAUAGGUCACAUGCGUGCCAACCCGCACAGCCUGCUCGUGCGCAUCGCCGACAUGGUUUUUACCCCACAGGCGACACUGGGGGGAAUCCUGGGGACGGCACCGACGCACCACAUUGUCAUGGAGAACUUGAUGUACGGCAAGCAGGGUGAUGGGUGGGAGACGUACGACCUCAAACCCAACGACUACUUUUUCCCCGAGCGCGACAUCAUGGAUGGCGCCUUGGUGCCCAACAGCGUGCUGGACAAGUUGGUGGAUGAGUUCAAGGACAAGGUCAAGGUGACGGCGGAACAAAAAGCCCAACUUUUGAACAGCCUGGAAAAGGAUACAGACCUCCUGUCGAGGAACAAUGCGAUCGACUAUUCUCUCUUCCUGGUGAGAUACCCAGCAGACGCAGAGGCAUCGGUGAUAUCGUCGGACGCGGACGCGUGGCGAACAGGAAUGAAGGAUCGACAAGGCAAAUGGGUGUAUCGCGUUGUGGUGUUGGACUUUUUCUGGGCAAGACACAAGUUUCACGCGCGGGCCAUGACAGGGCUUGUCAAACUGUUUAACAAGGUGGCUCACCGAGGACCAAUGUCGAUCACGGCCAACCCAUCCGAGUACCGCGAACGGUUUUUGGGCAUGGUGAGACAAAUCGUCGAGGAUUCGUAAUUGACAGUAGGCUAUAGUCGCUAGCGCAUCAGUCACAGCCCGAUUUUAGGUCUAGUACAACAGUUCUGCAGACUGCAGCCAAGGUGACGCAAUGCUAGCAUGUGAACCGUCCCGUCUGUCGACGGUCAGC